CAGCAACCCCCCAUUUCCGGCUCCUACGCGAGUUUUGGGACACCCUGUAUAUUCCUACAAGUCUCACUUGUAAUUUGACUAAAGGCAAUCAGAAAUAUUCACUGGGACGUAUUAUACGUCCCGCUAGGGGCAUUAAGCGACACUAUUUCGUCAACUAAGAUCUAAUAUUAGCACGAACGCGAAAAAAAAAAAAACGUUUCUGUAACUACCACAGGAAACUAUCGGAUGCGUCGCGGUGUCGUUGGUUCUGUUGCUUUUGUUCGGAGAACGGUCGGGGAACAACAAGGUCACGCAGGUAAAAUGGCAGUCGCCGAGCGGACUCCGGCCGCGUCUCGAUUAUAAGCUCUUACGGCCCUCGGAAAUUACAGGAACCGCGCGAGUUGGACGAGGAAGUGUUGCUAAACGCUCGUCGAGCAUAGUUUCGAGAAACCGUGGGUCUCGAGAGAGUCGAUAUCCUUCGGUCGAUGUACGCGUUUACACCUGGCUAAGAGUCGCCGACAAUCUGGUUCGAGACUUCGAGCGUCGACCCGAGGAGCGCUCGAGAUCGAAGAGGCUGACAGCGGUAAACGCGAACGAUUCGCGGUCUCUCGCUUCCGAAACCGUCGGAAUUCGAAAUCGUUUUCAAUGGGGAUUUCAGUGAUCCUGGAUCCGAAACACCGGAAAUAAUCUUCUUCGGUUCCUCGUAUUCCGCGUGUGACACCGCUUUGCUCGAUGCUGUCGAGAUCAAAGAUUGUUUUUCAAUGGGAAUCGAUUGAUCCAGGAUACGAGGCGCCGGAAUAAUAUUUUCUCCAGCCACGAGAAUAGGAGAUCACGGUCGUGGAGAACGGGUCUCCGUGAACGAAAGUCGGCCGUUCGAAUUUUCGGCAUACCGACUCGUGGUGAGGGAAUUCCCCACGACAUCGGAUUGGUCACCGUUCCCCGGGUGGCCCACGGACGCGAUAGCGAUCAGACGAGAGUGACGCAACUGCGCGGCAUGAUAACAGAUACGGACGUUAACCGCUCGCGUUCACGAUCUGAUAAACGGAACGAAAUUGUUCCCGAAGUUGGACGAUUCGUAUCGGUGGCCACGUCCGAUUACAGUUUUAGUCUGUGCCCGGUCCUCUCCGCGGAAUCUCGCUGGCAACGAUGAAAAUGGAGGCAGAGCACAGGUUGGAGCAGCUGAAGAAGGCGACCGACAGAAUACAGAAGGAGAUCGAAGAGGUCACGGAGAGGGAGCACGAGCUACGAAACGUGGGUAGCAUUAAGACCACGUCCCACGAGACGGUGGAUUCCAAGGUACGACGGAUGCCGCAGGCUUUAGCUUCGGGCAAACUGAAGAGGACGACGUCCACGCCUCAAAUCCUGGAAGCGGUUAGUCCGUUGACGCCGCCCUUAACGCCAAAGAUGACGAACGGGGUGAUAUCGAGUCGCACCACCCCGACGCCACUGCGUUUCGCGACGACGCCGAGCCAGAAAGGGUUGAUGCACAGGUUUCUCGCUACUCGCGGCAAAAUUUAUAAAUCCAACACACCCCCUAACGACGUACUGACGCCGUCUACAACGCCCACGAUCGCGCUCAACCCGUUGAGCAUCAAGACGUUCAACAGGAGUCUCGAUAUUCAACUCGAGCCGGAUGACGAACCCAAGAAACCUCCCGUUAGAAAAGGAUACGUUCCCGUCGAAGAAAAAAUCCAGAAGGAGCUGCACGAGAUGAAGCAGCGCGAGAACGAGCUCAGGUGUGAAUUUACUUUACUGUACAGGGUGGUUUUUUUAUUUUACGAAGAACAAUCUGUAGGACACGUAUAUUAA